CGCCAAACCACAGAAGAAAAGUCAUCAGGUCAGAAUCGUUCAACUCGCGAACCAGACUGCAUCGUUUUCGCGAAAUCGGUCGUGUUUGCGGAAAAUUAAACUCACAAAGGUGCGGGCAAAUUAUUUAUAAGAAGUCACGUUCCGGAUUCGCGAACAUCAAAACUGAAGUGGAGUGAUUGUGAAGAUUAUAAGAUUGUUGUUGCGUGGAUGAAAAGUGAAUCUGAGCAAGCCAAUCGUCGUCCAUCCAAAUCGCUCACCAUCACCAUCAGGAAGAAAAAGAGCUGGCUGUCAAAACGGGUAGUCGAUAAAAAUUUUCUUGCUAAUUUUUAGGAAAUUUCAAACCAUUUUCCCCGUAUUUCAAGUGAAAUUUUAGUGAUUUUGUGACAUCAAUUCCUCUGGGCAUUGAAUGUAGGAAGUGUUUCAGUGAUUGGAGCGAAAGUAAGCUCCAUAUCGGUGCUUAGUGCUUCGCCUUAUUGCAUUGUGGUUUUUUCGCUUGAGUGAUCUUCCUUGCGCCUUCUCCGGCAGUGUCUUGUGAGGGGUGUUUGUGGAGGACUUUCUCCCCGGUAGUCGUGCCUGUGUUGUUAUAGUUUGUUUUGCGGUUCCAUACGGAGCAGCAGCAGCUAGAAAAUGACACUGCAUUCGUGGCUCCGGCAGCGUGAAAGUGGCUUCCCGGCGCGGUUCGGCGACGCAGAUUCGGUGCACCGGGCCAUUUACUACUCGCUGGAGCCGAAGAAGAGCUGGAACGAUCCGCCGAAUGCGUGCAACAGCUGCGAGUACGGCGGGGCGUACAAUCUGGAGUUCUCGCCGGACGGAACAAUCCUGGUGGCUGCGUGCGAAAAGAAAACGAUCGUAUUGUUCGAUCCAAUCACCGAAAAGCAGAUGUGCACCAUCAAGAAUGCUCACAGCGAUAGUGUCAACUGUGUCAAGUUCCUCGAUAAUCGCAUGUUUGCCACCUGCUCGGAUGACAGCACGGUUGCUCUGUGGGAUACCCGAAACCUGAAAUCCAAAAUUCGCAGCCUGCAGGGCCACUCCAAUUGGGUAAAGAACAUCGACUACUGCAAGAAAGACUGCCUGCUGGUAACGUCCGGCUUCGAUGGGUCGAUAUUUACCUGGGACAUCAACAGCUACACAGAACAGGGUUUCGUUUACCAGAAGGUGUUCCACUCGCCCGGUUUGAUGCGAUGUCGGUUGGCGCCGGACGAGAACCGACUGGUCAUUUGCACCACGGGCGGUUAUCUGAUCAUCAUCCACAAUCUCAACUUGGCCUCGCUGGCGAAGGACUUGCACGGGUUCAGGCCCAACUUGUACCGCUUGAUGCAGUUGCGUCAUCAGUUCAUCCCGAAUGCGGCCCGCUACGACCAGGCUUUCUCCCGCAAGCAGAAGUACAACCGAGUCGAACUGGUCAGCGAUUUCCCGGAAGGUAACGACGCGGAAGUCAUCAGUUCCCUACAGAUUCACCCCCAAGGCUGGUGCGCACUCAGCAGGAACAUAAGCUACGAUGAAAGUUCUGAGUGGAGCUGCGUGCACGACAUCCAGGAGAUCUCAUUGGACGAUGACAUGGACAGCGAUAGCGAAGAUGAUGUUUCAAAAACCGAUUCGGCCGAACAACUUCAGGACACGUCCACCGCCGGCGAGGGUGGUGGUGGCGAAGGAGAGGAGGAAAACCCGGAGGACAAUAUAUCGCCUGCAACGGUGGCAGCGGCAGCCAUUGUCAACGCAGCCGUUGGGGAACCCGCCCAGCCCAGCCGAAUCGGUCCCCACAAUAUCAAUAACAACAACCAGGAAUUCCACGCUCCAAGUUCGGACAUUUGGGCAGCGGAGGUAUCCCUUCGAAAUAGGAACCUCCGGGUGGAGAACACCCGAUCGCUAAACAUGGCCAAUGUAUACGGCAUCACCAGUGGACUGGUUCCCCUGACACCCGCCCAGCAUCAGCAGAAGUUCCAGCAGACCAUAACGGUUAACGUGAACCGAAUGCUGUACUACAUCGAGGAACCCAACAAGGGCAAAGGUUUCAUCAAGGAGCCCAGCUUCUCGGCCGAUGGGCGAGUCAUUUGUUCCCCCCACGGCUAUGGCAUCCGACUGUUGGCGUUCAACGAGCACUGCAACGAGUUGCCAUUCAUAACGGAUCGGGAGGAUUGCGUUCCGAAACCGUUCCACGAGAUCAAAACCAAACACUGCCACUCGGACGUGGUGGUUAGCAGUAAGUUUAGUCCCAAGUUCCCCCUGCUGGUGUCCGGCUGCCUGCGGGGUAAAAUCGUGUGGCACCAACCGGUGCUGUAAGCUGUGUGGUUGACAAAGUACGUUGUAACUGUAUGAGCGAAGACGGAUGCGAGUUGGAUCAGAGUGCAAGUGCGUUUUCGUUGAGGACCAUCCCUGGAUGUACUUAUACAAAAGAAAAAAAAAAGAGAAGUGACUUAAGCUAGAGUUGAAUUUUAUUAGAAGGAUUUAUACGCCGAUAGUCACCAAGAAAGGAGAAUGCCCGGACAAAGAUUAUCAUGGUAAGAAGAUACUCCUCUCAUUUGAAACCUACCUAACUACCUUCUAGAGAUAUAAACCACAAGUAUGUGUAAGGCAUUUAGAAUAGAACCAAGUGUAAACCUUGAACCAUCACUUCAAUGUUGGGUAACCGAAAAAACUUUGUAAAGAUUGAAUGACUUGAAUUCGAUACAUUGAUAAGUUACAUACCAUAACAGUAUGAAGCGAAA